AUGUUUGGCAGGAACAGGGGAAUAUUGGGCCCGCUCUUUCGGCAUUUUAUCUUCCGUCGGGAAUCGUGCACACCACACAUGCAUUUUAUGCUGUGCGCUUCGCUACUCCCGUUAUUCCUGUCAUGGUGCUACGGGUAUCACGGUAACGAAGUCACUUGUGGUACCGUCCUCAAGUUGGUUAAUUCUCAGUACAAAGUGAAAUUGCACUCACAUGAUGUGAUGUACGGCAGCGGCAGUGGUCAACAGUCAGUCACUGGAGUUGAAGAUGAGCUCGAUUCAAACAGCUAUUGGCAGAUCAUGGAACGUAAUGGCGCUCCUCAGUGCAUUCGCGGCCGCGUGGUCAAGUGUGGUCAAAAGAUCCGACUUAUGCAUUUGAAUACUCGAAAAAAUUUGCACAGCCAUCAUUUUCAAUCUCCACUGUCUUCAAACUACGAGGUAUCUGCUUUUGGAGAAGACGGAUCAGGAGACGAAGGUGACGACUGGCAGGUGCUAUGCGACUCCACGCACUGGUUGCGUUCCACGGCAGUGCGUCUCAAACAUAUGUCUACCGAGGGUUUCCUUCGAGUCUCCGGCGAACGGUACAAGAGGCCGAUUUCCGGACAGUAUGAAGUAUGCGUAUCCGCGACAUCAUCCCCGGCCUCUUACUGGACGGUGGCCGAGGGUGUGUACAUACAACGAACCGAUAGCGCCGCCUCACGCAAUCGUGUUCCAACUUGCGCCACCGCAGAAUGCUUCCUGAAAUACCUGUCAACAUUCUCUUUUGUAAAUUUUUUAUCCGUUACGUCGUUUCUGCAUGUCCUUCAACUUUACGAAUGUCCCGACCGCCGAGUGCCUCAUCCCUGCGUGAUCCUGACGGCUGUGAUCGAAUGUCCAGUGAUAACCUUCCCGAUCUUCAAUUUCCAAGCCUCGGGAUCAGGUGUUUUUUGCGCGUUUACAGUGGAGGAUCUUUUCACACCACUGAACGGCUGA